AUGAGUAACACAACAUAUAGUGAAGGAAAUACUGCAUGGGUAUUAAUAUCAACUGCAUUAGUUUACUUGAUGACACCAGCUUUAGCUUGUUUCUAUGGUGGUUUAGUUGAACAAAAGAAUUUUCUUAAUCAAUUAUUUUUAUCAUUUGUUUGUAUGGCAAUUAUUCCUGUUCAAUGGUGUUUAUUUGGUUAUUCAUUUGCGUUUGGACCAGGAAAUUCCGCAUUUGGUUCAUUUCAAUAUGCUUUACAAUAUAAAGCAGGUCUUGUUUCAUUAUAUGGUGAAAAUUUAAAUGAUGCAAAUCCAAAUACAGUUCCAUCAUUAGCAUUUAUUGCAUUUCAGUCUUCAUUUGCAUUAAUAACACCGGCUUUAAUUAGUGGUGCAGUUGUAGGUCGAAUGAAAUUAAUUCCAUAUAUGAUUUAUAUUUUUCUUUGGACAACAUUUUGUUAUGAUCCAUUAGCACGAUGGAUAUUUUCUAAUCAAGGUUGGCUUCAUCAAAUGGGUGUAAUUGAUUUUGCUGGUGGUUUAGUUGUUCAUUUAUCAAGUGGAGUAUCAGGAUUAGUUGCUGCUUUGAUCUUAGGUUCUCGUGCUCAAUUUGAUCCAGAUGUAGUAAAUGCAGGACAAACUCAUUUACCAUUUACUUUGAUUGGAACUGGUCUAAUUUGGAUUGGAUGGAUGGGAUUUAAUGGAGGAUCAGUACUUGCUGCGAAUGGUUUUACGGCUUUAGCUAUUGUAAAUACAAAUACAGCUGCAGCAGCAAGUAUGAUUAUAUGGAUUAUUUUAGAUAUUAUACAUGGAAAAUUAAGAAAUAAAAAUUCUGUUGUCGUAUCUAUUCCUGGUAUUUGUUCAGCAAUUGUUGUUGGACUUGUUGUUAUAACACCAGCUGCUGGUUAUAUUCAACCAGGUUAUGCAAUUCUAAUGGGUCUUAUUGGUGGUUUUUUAGUUCAUUUAUUUUUAAUUCUUAAAAAACAUUUUUUUCAUAUCGAUGAUACUCUCGAUGUAUUCAGUUGUCAUGGUUUAGGUGGUUUUAUUGGAAGUAUUCUAGUUGGAUUAUUUUCUCAAACUGAUGUUAAUAAUACUAUUAACAAUGGCGCAUUCUAUGGUAAUCCUAUUCAAUUAUGUUAUCAAAUAAUUGGAAUAAUAAUUACUGUUAUUUAUUCAGCUGUAUGUACAGCAAUUAUUUUAUUAUUAAUGCAUUUUACAAUCGGUAUACGAAUUGAUCGAAUCGAACAAAUUCGUGGUUUAGAUAAUGUUGUACAUGGAAUUAUUAAUGUCGAACAAUUACAUGCAGCUCAACAAAUAAGAAGACAGAAAACUAUUGAAAGACAAAUACCGCCAAUAACUACUAUUGAUAUACAUUAA